GGUGGAAGGAUUUACUUUCUCAAUCAUUGCUCUCGGCCACCCUCUUUGGUGAGGUUGUGUUUAUCAGCUGUCAGACUUGUGUUAGCAGUUUACUGGGGCAGGGGUCUUAAAACAUGUUUUAUAAAGUGGUUUGCAUAACUUGUUGUGCAAACAAGUUGUAGUAGCAAGAAGGCAGGAGAGGCAGGGGAUUGCCUGGUGUGCCAUUGGUUGCGAGACCCUCCCAUCUUCUGGUGGGUGGCAGGCUGUGCUACAGAUUCUGCCACCUGCCAUCCCCAAGGGUGUCUGUGAAGAUGCUAUAUACAGUGACUGAAGUCCUUUGGAGUGAAAGGUGGUAGUCAGGGGUAUUUGUGCAUCCAGAUGUUUGGACAUCCCUCAUCACCAGAGUGUUGGAGCACUUCUCAUGAGUUAAAAAGUGACAGUGGGAACAGAGGCUCCCUGUUCCCUGGCAGCUGGAAACAGCAGUUGUCCAAGGAGAGAGCAGUAAAUGGCAGGGAAGGUGGAUAGUGGCUUGAGCCUUAGCUGAAGCAGGGGUGGGGGUCAGAUCUAGUGGAGCUUGGGAAAUGAAGGAAAGAAUCAGUGCCCCAACAUAAGGGAAAUAAUCUAGCAGCAAGGAAAGUACUAGGCCAUGUCCUAAUCCCUGUCUUUCUGCUUUCUGUAGAGGGAGGAGAAACAGCUUGAAGUGACCCUUGAAGCACUUAUCAGCCAGGUGGCUGACUUGAAGAAUUCCUUGAUCAGCUUCAUCUAUAAGCUAGAGAAUGAGUAUGACCGGCUCACCUGGUGACUUGCAGCAUUGUCAGAAUGUUCCUAGUGAAUCCUCCAAGGAGUGCAAGCUAAAGGGGGCUUUGCUGAUGGGAUUUAUCAAGCAAGCCUGCAGCCUGAAACAUGGUCUGUUUCAAAGGAAUUAUAGGAUCAUAGGAAAGUAGGGCUGGAAGGGACCUUGCAAGGUCGCAUCUAUUCCAGCCCCUUGCUCAAGGCCCUCAGUACUAGACAGCUUCGCGCUGCUCUCAGGACAGCUGAACACACUGAACAAAGUGUUGAAGCAUGAGAAGACUCCGCUGCUGCGUAACCAGGUCAUCAUCCCCCUGGUGCUGUCUCCAGACCGGGAUGAGGAAAUCAUGCGACAGACAGAAGGGCGUGUGCCAGUCUUCAGUCAUGAGGUGGUGCCUGACCAUCUGCGGACCAAGCCUGACCCAGAAGUGGAGGAGCAGGAGAAGCAGCUGAUCACAGAUGCAGCCCGAAUCAGUCCUGAUGUGGCACAGAAACAGAUCCAGAGCCUGAACAAAAUGUGUUCGAAUCUGCUGGAGAAAAUCAGCAAGGAGGAACGGGAGUCUGAAAGUGGAGGUUUACGGCAAAACAAGCAAACCUUCAACCCUACUGACACCAAUGCCUUGGUAGCAGCAGUGGCAUUUGGAAAAGGCCUAUCCAAUCGGAGGCCUCCAGGCUCAGGGGGGCCUGUCCAGUCAGGUCAGCCAGGCACUGGUCCCAUCAUAGCAGGGGCUUCUGGCAUGCAGCAGGUCCAGAUAUCAGGUGCAUCAACCCCAGAGCAGCCAAUGCUUGCAGGAGUGCAGAUGUCACAAGCAAGCCAGCCAGGGAAGAUGCCCAGUGGUAUAAAAACCAACAUCAAAUCUGCCUCGAUGCAUCCGUAUCAGAGAUGAGCAAGAAGAACCACAGACCUGACUGAUCAUGAGUCGCCAGUGCUGUUCCUGGCCCCUGCCACCACUCCUGGGAUUCCUCUGUGCCUCUGGAGUCCCUUGAAGCCUGCAUACACCGUCUGCGAGAGGGAGAUACGGGGUGGAACCUUCCCUUCCCCCUCACCACCCCCCUGUGAGCUCUGGGCUGCACAGCUCCUCUCCGUGUGGUUGUGCUGCGUUCUGAACCGGUUGUGCAGAGGUGCUGGCAGCUGCAUGCUCAGGGAUGGGUGGGACCUCCCCUGCCAGGCCAGAGCCUCUGGCUGGCUGCUGGGACCAAAUCCUGUCACCAUUUUGGUCUGCAUUCCAGAGGCUCCUACCGUUUCUUGGUGCAGAUACAAAAAUACCUUGUAGGUUUGGCUGGGCGUGUUGCUCUUCACUGCCUCCCCCCCACCAUGCUGCUUGAAUAAAGGCUGUAUGCUGUAUCAA